AUGACGUGCGAAGGAAGCAGAAAAUAUAGACCUCUUCUCCGAUAUUUUAAACGAGACGACACUGGUUCAAGAAAAUAUGAGUGUCCCUUUAAGGUGCAUGGUUAUAUGUUGGCAAAUAAUAAAUGGAGAUUUAAUGUCAUAUGUGGUUUAUAUAACCAUGACUUGUGUGAAAAGUUAGUCAGUCAUCCAAUUGUGUAUCGCCUCAUGCCGGAAGAGAAGGAAUAUGUUGCUGACAUGACAUUGAAUUUGAUUCAAACAAAAAAUAUAUCUGCAACUUUGAAACGUAAAAGACCCAAAAAUAUCUCAAAUAUCAUGCAAGUGUACAAUAUUCGAUACCAAACUAACAAGGCGCUGAGGGGAUAUAACUGA